UAUAAAUGCAGUUCGUUUUUACACAAAAAGCUCUUUUUUUUGUCCCCCUAGGAUUCUUCCUGAGUCUCCACGUUGGCUUUUGACGCAUAACAAGUUCGACGAAGCUGAGAAGGAAUUGGUUAAAGUUAUGCUCGUUAAUAAGAAAGACAUGUCUCAUUUGCAAAACGCAUUGAAGAUUUUAAAAGCUAAGGCUGAGAAGGAAGAAGAGCUGGAGAAACAAAAUCACGUGACAGUCAUCGACCUGUUGCGAUACCCAAAUAUGAGGAGGAAAUCGUUGAAUAUAUUUUUUAGCUGGUUUGUAAUUUCUUUCACAUAUUAUGCAUUGUCCUUGAGCACCAACGACUUAGGAGGAAGUCCAUUUAUCAACUUUGUCAUCUCAGGAGCGGUAGAAUUUCCAGCCUAUGGGAUCUCUGUUUUUGCCAUUAAUAAUCUUGGAAGAAGAAAGUGCAUGAUAUCAACUAUGGUGGCCGGUGGCCUGGCCUGUAUACUAACCAUUCCUAUACCAAGCAACUUACUGUGGCUGCGUAUCACCUUCGCUAUGUGUGGGAAGUUUUUUGUAACAGCAGCCUUUGCUAUAGUGUACGUCUACACUGCUGAAUUGUUUCCAACUGUUGUUCGUAACGUAGGAGUCGGAUCAAGUUCAAUGUUCGCUCGAAUAGGAUCUAUGGUGGCUCCAUUUCUAAAAGAACUAAGUAAAUUCACACACACCGGAGUCCCACUAGCCAUCUAUGGAGCUCUAUCGAUAAUAGCAGGGUUACUGAUACUCCUUUUACCUGAGACAAUGAACAGAGACAUACCAGAUACCCUGGAGCAAGGAGAGAAGAUCACUAGAGAAAGCAACAACGGUAUGGAAAACUUCAUUUAGAAAGAACUUGUUGUUCAUGGUGUUCAGUUUAGCUGUGUCGACGAUCUGAUAAAGUAAACCUUGACGUUUCUAUAUACUCUUUGUACAUAUUUUACUCAACGUUUGGAUAACACACACAGAUGAGUUUGUGCUCCGUAAGGCAUGCAUUGAUUGAAAAGAGAAGAACGUCCAGCUGCUUCGGAAAUCAAACCAUUCAUAUCAGUACUGAUAAAUGCUUGCUUUUAAUAUUGAAAUUAUUAUAUUUUGCGUUACAUAUUUUAUCUGUAGCAUUUUACAUUGUAAUAACAUUUUACAACUUAGUAAUAAUGUUGUAAUUUACUUCAACAAAUGUUUUAUAUAUGACUUUUAUAAGCAGCUAUUUGAAGUGGAUUUUUUUGGGGCGUUAGAAAUAUUGCUUUGGCUUUGAUUUUAUUCAAUAAAUAAUUCUUCAACUUAGUAUAUGUCUUUGUUUUCAUAAGUUCUUCAUACUUUCGACCUUUAAUAAGGUUACAAAUUGUUACAUUUUGUAUCAGUCAUCA